UGAAAAAGACCCUUUCUUUCCUUACCCUUAAUUUCUGAGCAAAAAGCCUCUCUCUUUCUUCUUUAUUGUCUUUCCCCCUCUCUCUCUCUCUCUCUCUUUCUCAGAGAGGAAAGAAAGGACAGGAUAUGUGAAUAUUUGUUGCCUAUAUCUUGCAUUGGAUCCUUCGCCCCAAGUCUUAUACCUCCCUACAUUCUCUCUCUCUCUUUGCCAUCAAGAAGAUUUCUUUAGCUAAAAUCCAAACAAAGCUUAGUGUUUUUUCUUCAUCUCUCUUGGGUUUAGGCUAAUAGCUAGCUUGUCUGUUUUCUUUACUCUCAGUUGAUCCUGAUAGUAUCCGAAUCUCUAUGUUUAAGGUUUUUUUGGUUCUUGGUUUUUGAUUCUUGAUUGGGUUGAUUUCAGUUUCUUGAUUUUUUUUUUUUCUUUCUUCAUGUUUUCCCAAUUUAAAUCUUUGACGUUCAUAGGGGUGUCCAAUCCUGAGAUGUUUUUGUCCGAAAAGGAUCUGAAUUCUAUGGAAUUCAAUUUCCUUGUAAGACCUGCAUUAGAAUUUGAAGAUCAUGAAUGUGAUAUUGCACGUUUACGAGAAGGUGAUGAUGAUCAAGAUGAGCUUCAUCUGAAUAAUCCCAAAGAAGAAGAAAAAGAAGGAGAAAGAAAGAGAGAAGAACAUAAAGAAGGAGAUCAAUGCAAGUUGCUGGUUUCUACGUUGAAGAUAAAAUUGCCAUCUUUAGGAGAAUUCAAGCUUGAAGAAGAUGUAGAUGAAGAUGAUGGGUUCAAGACUCCAACAUCUUUAGAUAAUAAAAUCCCAGUGGUUCUUCCAUGUCCACCUGCACCAAGAAAACCUAAAUCUCUCCCAUCGAAUAAAAGAAAAUCUCAUCGCCGGAGAGUCCUUCUUGAUCUAUCAAAUGAGAUUGAAUCUUUGUUUCCUCCAGCUCUUCGUGCAGAUCUUGGUGGAAAGAUUAAGAAAAUUAGACAGGAAAAUGACUCCAACGGUAUAAUUAUUUGAAUUUACAAUGUAUCUUAAUUUCUUGUGAAGUUAAUUACAGUAGUUAUGUCUUUUUUUUUUCCUUCACCAUUUCUUGGUUGCAGAAAAUUUCCCAAAAGAAAUGGUUUCCUAUCUAUGAUAAUAGCAUUAUUAUCUUAAAUUUCCAUUUCUUUAUCUUGCAAA